AUGUCCGACAAAGCCCAGAACCGCAUCCAAGCAGUCUCCUCUCAUCUCCUCCCUCCCAUAUCCAAAGUCGCCCCCGGCUCAAGCAAACCCCGAGUCCAAGACAAGGUCGUCAUCAUCACAGGCGCCAACUCCGCCCUCGGAAUAGGCAGAGCAACCGCCCACCAAUACGCCGAGAGCGGCGCAAAGGCCAUUUACAUCUGCGACUUCGACGCCUCCAACCUCGAGGCUCACAAGCAGGAAAUCACACAGCUGUACCCCGGCGUCGACGUCCACACGCGCCAGUUCGAUGCCUCGGAUGAAGCAAAGGUCAAGGCCGUCGUCGACGACGCAAUGCAGCGCUACGGCCGCCUCGACGUCUUCUUCGCCAACGCGGGCAUCACCGGCCCCAACGUCAUCUUCACCGACAUUAGCGCCGAGGAUUUCAUGAAUGUCUACAAGGUCAACACCCUGAGCGUCUUCCUCGCCGCCAAACACGCCGCCCCAGCCAUGGCAAAAACAUCCCCCCAAAAGCCCACUCCCGGCGGCAGCAUCAUCGGCACCGCCUCCGUCGCCGGCCUCCGCUCCAACGCCGGCAGCACCGCCUACUCCGCCGCCAAGGCCGGCGUCGUCUCCCUCGCCCAGACAAUCUCCUACCAGCUUGCCGGCUCCGGCGUCCGCGUCAACGCCAUCUGCCCGGGCAUCAUUGAGACGGGCAUGACGGCGCCCGUGUACGAGGCUGCGCGCGCGCGAGGCAGCGAGAAGAAGAUUGGACAGCUGAAUCCGACGAAGCGCGGCGGACGUGCGGACGAGGUUGCGCGUGUCGUCUUGUUCCUGGGGAGUGACGAGGCGAGCUAUGUGAAUGGACAGGCCUGGGCUGUCGAUGGAGGGUUGAGCGCCGGACAUCCCUUUGUCCCGGGCAAGCUGGCCUAA